GACGCGAUGGGCGGACGCGUGCGACGAUCGAACGAUCGCGCGCGCGCGAACGACGCGACGCGCGCGGACGAAGAGAUGGGCGACGCGGACGCCGCGCGGGCGAACGCGAACGCGAACGCGAACGACGCGACGACGGCGCCGCGCGGUGAAGACGAUCAGUGCUGGAUUUGCCUGGACGGGGACACCGCGGACAGAGAGUUGUAUCAUCCGUGCGCGUGUCCGCGAUGGGCGCACGCCAAGUGCGUGGCGCGAUGGCAGUUGCAGUGCUCGGGGAAGCCGGAGGAGGUGACGUGCAAAUUUUGCGCGUCCAGACUGCCGGAUUGGCGAGCGACGCUGUUCAAAGACGUAGUGCGCGCGAGUGACGACGCUGUGGUGCCGACGUCGACGAGUGGAUCGAAGAAGAGAAACAGUAUGGAUGAACGUUUACUACGCAGUUCCGCGGACGGAGACGACCAAGAAGCGGGGACGCCCGGCGACGAAGAGACGGACCACAAAGACGGACCGGGAGAAAUCAAGGGCGAUAUCAUCGUCAAGUUUAAUAAUAUCUCGUUCCGAUGCCAAGUUCGCACCGGGCCGGAUGGAUUGGCGGAUUUCAUGCGGCAAAUCAGAGAACGUUGCGGGAUACCGGAGGAGAAGAUGAAAUCGCUCAACCUCACGUAUCGGUGCAAGGAUCCGAACAACGGGAUGCCGAUGACGUUGGAAGGGCUGAACGAGAGCGCUUUCGAUGCCGCGGUUUUAUGCUCGGCGGUUCAAGAUAAGAUCAAGCAUCAAGCUCGCGUCGAUUCGGCGGUAAAGUCUUCUCGAACUACCGAAAUUACGUCUAGAUCCAAUAGAAGGCGUUCCGGUGACCGCAACUCCUUCGAGGAAGGUCGCCGUGAACAAGUCUCAGCGUUUCGACGAUUCGAAUGAGGACCCGUAAGGAGCUUUCGUUGUCAACAUCGUUCAAGACGAGUGGAAUUUUUGUACACGACGCAGCGAUACGAGCUGUUUUUUUGUAUUAAGCGCAAACUUUUGUACCGCGUAUGUGCGGCGGUCGUUCUGUAAUAAACGAUCGUGUAACAUU